AUGAGUGAUCAGGAAGUUACUUAUUCAGCACUGAGAUUUCUUCAGUCCUCUUCAGAGUCACAGAAUAAAGUAAGAUCUGCUGGUACUCAGGGACCAGGGGAAACAGGACAAAAAGAGUUUUCAGUGCCCUGGCGUCUCACGGCGAUAACUCUGGGGGUUCUCUCUUUGUUUCUAUUGAUGACAGUUGCUGUGUUGGGGAGUAUGGUUUUUCAGCAUAUUCAAGAAAAACAUUACCAGGAGGAAAUUCUACGAAAUCUUAGUCAAAAUUGCCACAAUAUGCAAAACGAUAGCUAUAUGAAGGAGCAGAAGAAAGUUGAUUCAUUAGUUGUAAAAAAGAACAGAUGCAGACUUGAGGAAUAUAGAUGGUCUUGUUGUGGAAUAAACUGUUAUUACUUUACCACUGAACAUAAUACCUGGAAAGGAUGUUUGCAGAUUUGCCAACAUUACCAGUCAACCCUUUUGAAGAUAGAUGAUGAAGAGGAAAAGGUUUUCAUUCAAUCUCAGGCUUAUAAAGAUAUUUUCUGGAUUGGAUUAUCAUAUCACGAGAAAGAAAAAGAUUGGAAAUGGGUCGACAGCAGCAAGUCAUCUAACUACAAUUUUACUGAGAAAGGACACUGUGCAUUUUUAUCUUCAACAAGAAUAACAAGUAUGGACUGCUUUGAAACCUACAACUGUAUUUGUAAGAAGAAAAUUGAUUGUAUUUUCUGA